AGCGCUGGUUCCUCAUCAGCUCAUCGAGCCGCUGCCCCCUUCGCUGACAGCUCCGCCGACCCGGCACAGAGAGAGGGAUCGCCGGCCGCUCAUCGGGAACACAACCGGUGCGACCUCUUCUUUCACGCGGGGGACAAUUUAAACAGAAGCACAAUACGAGGAUGCUGGCUGCAUGAAGAGAACGAUGGCACAGAAAGACACGCUGCUUCAUCUUUUCGCCGGGGGGUGUAGUGGUACGGUGGGGGCCAUCGUGACCUGUCCCCUGGAGGUGCUGAAGACACGGUUACAGUCCUCUGGCCUCACCCUCCGGCCCAUCUUCCAGGUCCAUCUAGGCACCUUAAGUGGUACGGGAGUUAUUCGACCGGGGCCUAGCCUGCUGCAGGUCCUACGAUCAAUUCUUGAAAAAGAGGGACCAAGAUCACUUUUCCGAGGUCUGGGACCGAACCUUGUUGGUGUGGCCCCCUCAAGAGCCAUUUACUUUGCUGCGUACUCAAAAUCGAAAGAAAAAUUCAAUGGGCUGUUCGUCCCUAAUAGCGGAUUGGUGCACAUGUCCUCUGCUGGUGUUGCAGCUUUCGUUACCAACUCUCUGAUGAACCCCAUCUGGAUGGUGAAGACCAGGAUGCAGCUGGAGAAAAAAGCCAGAGGAGAGAAGAAGAUGAAUGCACUGCAGUGCGCCCGCUAUGUUUACAGAACAGAAGGGAUCCGCGGUUUCUACCGAGGCCUGACUGCAUCUUACGCCGGCAUCUCGGAGACCAUGAUCUGCUUCCUCAUCUACGAGACACUGAAGAAACAUCUCGCCGAGAGCCAGUUCGCCUCCGCGAAUGGCGAAAAGGAGAAAGGAGCAUCAGACUUCCUGGGUUUGAUGAUGGCGGCUGCUUUUUCAAAGGGUUGUGCGUCCUGCAUCGCCUACCCACAUGAGGUCAUACGGACGAGGCUGCGCGAGGAAGGCAGCAAGUACAAAUAUUUCUUCCAGACGGGAAGGUUAAUAGCAGUGGAGGAAGGCUAUGCAGCUUUUUAUAGAGGACUCAUUCCACAGCUAAUUAGACAAAUCCCUAACACAGCCAUCGUCCUCUCCUCUUACGAACUCAUUGUCCAUCUGCUGGGAGACUCCAAGUGAAGACAAGUUGUGAAGCCAAUGAUGGAUUCCUCGCACGCAAAACUCAAGUCACACUGAGCAAGAGACUUUUGAAGAUGUAGCACAUACUGUUCGAAUUCUGAUGUGGUGCUACAGAGACUUUUACGGUGGAACUGAAGCAGAUUGUACUGUUAUCCAAAGAGCUAAACAGAUUAUUUUAUUGAAAGCUUGUUCGGAGUUUAUCAAAAUAAUUCUUGGAAGUCGUGGUACUUACUGAAACUCCAAACCUGUGAAAAAAAGGUCAUCUACUUAGACGACUAGUGUUAAGUUAACUAAGUUAUUUUAUGUUUUGUUAUUUUAUGACAGUGUUUGUUUCCUUUUAUCAGUGGUGAAUGUCCCAUCACACACAAACACACACACACACACACACGGGUUGACUCGUUAAGUUAUCAAAGGGAAGUUAUUCAGAUGCAGUGCAAGUAAUAUUGCUGUUCCUUGCAGUGUAAUGACCACCGACCAUUUUGAGAUUUGUUUCACAAAUACUGUUCUGGUUUUGAAUUACAAAGAAAGCAAUCAUAUUUUUCAUUAAUAUAUAUAUAAAUAUAUAUAUAUAUAUAUAUAUAAACAUAUAUACAGAUUUAUCUAUUUUUUCUUAGAAAAAGAUGGUCAUUGUUUCCAAUAUAAUAAGAACUUGGAUGCUUAUUUGACCAGUAGUUCAAUAAACUGCAUCAAGGAAAUGAUAUGAGUCGUUGGCUGACACCCAGGUGAGAAAUGUACUUUUAGUUUGUCUUACACGCAAUAGUAGUGCAGGGUUGUUGCACUGUCACUAUGGCUCAAUAACUGAUGACUGAUUAUGUGAGGCAAUAGUGUGCUGGUUCUGUUUUGAAAGCCAAUUAUACCGAUUGAUUCAUUUAGUGAGGACUUUAUACCUGGUGAUAACAUUAGGAUCUGGAUAAAAGACACAUACAAUACCAAGACUGAAAAAAGGAAUCUAUAGUCAGAGAUUUCUUUAGUGAAUUUAAUUUUAUUCCACUUUUAUAACUACGGUAAAUUUCUCUACAUACAAGCAUAGUGCCUUUAUUACAGUAAAGGCUCUCAUUUGCUUGUAACUUGUGGUUAUACUUCGACUGAACAUCCAGAAGUGUUUCCCAGACAUCAUACUGUUAUUUGCUGAGAAUAUGUUAUUGUUUCUACUAAUGUCCCAACCUCAGUCGCUUGGAUCUGAAAACAACUCUUCCACUAUCUCUGCAUAUCAUGCCUAUAAAAAUGAUUCUCCCCGUUGGA